AUUUAGCUUCGUCGCACUUUCUACAGUACGCAGCUAGCCUCUUACUUCUCAAAGCGCAGCCAGCAACGUCCUCUGUUAGAGCCAACUUGCAAAACCGCUGUUCCGACACGGUCCUCGACUGCACAAUGGCCCCCGUCCUCGCCCGCGCUGAGCUGAAGGCUACCGUGCAGCCUGUCGCCAAGGCCGUCCCAGUCGUGCAGCGUCGUGCUGCCCUCGCCACCAUCCUAGCCCCGCUCGCCGCAGUGGUGCUGGCUGCUCCUGCCAUGGCUGCACCCCAGAAGAACCUGUCGCGCUCGGAGCUGCUACAGCAACAGCGGGCGGAGCGGAAGGAAGCCAUGAAGGUACGGAAUGCCAAGGUCCGCACGGGUGAGGUGAAGCCCUCCUUCUGAACCAAGCACAUGGAGCUAGCUAGCAAGGCAACUUACUCGAGAAGAGAUAGCUUAUACGUGUGAGGAUUUUGACGAAUGGUGUGAGUGUGCAUCCCAUGAACAGCAUACUUUACAGGUUCAUGGGCGCUGUUGAUGUUGGGUUUAUGAGUUCCGUACCGUUGAUGCUGCGCCGUAGCCACACUACACAGAAGGAAGCUACGUGUUGUUGUUGUGACUGUUCUGGAUGCACGAUUGAUAUAGUUAUAUAUGGUAUAUGUUGUGAAUCAGGGGCGGUGCAGGUUCAUGGCGAUACCGUAUGGUUACAUGGAUGAAAGAUGGAGCAAGUAAGCGGGGCCACGCUGCUUUAGAGAAGCGCGACAGGCGUGUUAACCUCUGGAGCAGUGAAAUGUCUGCUGCAGGAGCUGCCGAUUGUAACCAUCGUUUGGUG